AUGGCCUCUAUUCGCGUUCUUUCCUUCGAUGCUGAGGGCCGUCCCGUGCAGUUCACUUCCUGGCUCGACGACCUGCAGUUGUAUCUUAUGAGCAAUAGCACGGACCACAUCUCCCUCUAUGACUAUGCGUCUGGUGCUGCCGCUGCUCCUGCUGCCACAGCCGAGCUUAGUGUUCGUUCCCACUGGCAGACCCGUGACGCAGCUGCUCGCCUAGCCAUUCGCAGUCACCUGCCGCUAGCUGAGCUCGAGCAUUUUGGCGACUGCAAAUCCGCUAAGGCCCUGUACGAUGCUGUCGUUGCUCGCUACUCCUCGCCUGCCACAGCCGAGCUUAGCCGCCUCAUGCUGCCGUACCUGUUCCCCGAUCUGUCCACCUUUGCUACAGUCGCCGAUCUUAUCACCCACCUUCGCACUAGUGAUGCUCGCCUGCGUGCCGCCCUUCCCACCGAGUUCUGCGCUAAGAACCCCCCUCCACUGUACUGGACACUCCACUUCAUAGUCACCCGUCUCCCUGACACCCUCAGCUCAGUUCGAGACCACUUCCUUGCUCGCUGUCCCACUGAGCUCACAGUCACCCUCCUAGAGGAGCAGCUGCUCGCGGCCGAAAAGAGCAUUGUAGCUGUCGGUGCUGCUCGUGGCGCUCCUCGCACCCCCAUCUUUGAGGGGUGUUCUCCCUCUCCCCUCGCUCCCUCCUACGCUGCUGCUGCUGCUGUUGACUUCCUUGGUGCUGAGUCUGUUGGCGCUGCUUCUGCUCCUGGUGGGAGGCGCCGCACCGGCAAGGGCAAGGGGGGCAAGGGUGGUGGUGGUGGCGCUGGGGGGGGAGGAGGUGGGGGAGGUGGGGGGGGAGGCGGUGCUGGAGGGAGCGGUGGCGGGAGCGCUGGUGGGAGUGGGGUCGGUACUGGAGGCGGGGGCGGCGGAGGAAGCAGUGGCAGUAGUGGCGGCGGUGGCGGUGGCGGCGGUGGCGGUGGUGGCGGUGGUGGCGGUGGUGGCGGUGGCGGUCGUAGCGGUGGUAGUGGUGGCGGCGGAGGUCGGAGUGGAGGCACUGGCUCGGGCCAGAGCUCCCAGCAGCAGCAGCGUCCCCAGACGACCCAGCAGCUUCGUGAGUGGCUUGCUCAGCGUGGGACGUCGGGGGGCAGUGGCCGCUGUUCUUAUGUCAUUCGCACAGGUGACCGCAAGGGACAGACGUGUGGGAGGUUCCACACCCCGUACCGCUGCUUCUCCCGCCUUGACGACGCUUGGCGUGAGGAGAUGGGUGCGGAUGUUGAGCGCCCCCGCUGGGCUGAGCUCAUGAGGGCUGGUGUUGAUGUCUUUGCUCUUGACUUUGAUGCUAUUAUUUCUGCCAUGUAUGCAUUGACUGUUAGUGCCGAGGGAGACUGUUACUUGUGUGUGCCGCCUGACCCAGGUAUAGAGCCCGCUGCCCUGGGUACUAGUGAGUCUGCUCUCUCUGGUAUGGUGCCCCCUGUACUUGCUCCCUCCAGUGCUGUCCCGGCUGUUUUCGAGUCUGCUCUCUCAGGUACAGCACCCACAGAGACUGCUCUCUCAGGUACCGCACCGGCUGAGGCCUGUCACACCUUCACCCUUGACUCAGUCCUUGCCCAGUCCACCACUGUCCUCCCUUGUCCGGCGGCUCCGUCUGGCUCGUUGUCGGGUUUCCACCUCCCCUCGUUCUCGACGAACCUGGUGAGCAACGCUGUCCUCCAGGAUCAGUGGGUUGACACCUUUACCCCUGGAGGACAGCGUGUGGCGAUCUGCACGUGCUCCAGGACCGGCCGUCACCUGGCUACACUCUUCUCUGGCACCACCGCCUGGGUCACCCCUCCUUGCCACGCCUUCGUGGCAUGCAUCGUCAAACGCCACCUUGUGUCUGGUCUUCCCAGGUCCCUCCCUCCCCUCCCUGCCUCUCCUGCGCCGCCUUGCCUUCCUUGCGUCGAGGGGCGGCAGCGCGCCGCUCCUCACUCCUCCUCGUUCCCCCCGACAGAGGCUCCUCUGCAGACCCUCCACCUGGACGUGUGGGGCCCAGCCCGCGUUCGUGGUCAGGGCGGUGAGCGGUACUUUUUGCUGGUUGUCGACGACUACUCGCGUUACACCACGGUCUUCCCCUUGCGCACCAAGGGUGAGGUCCCUGCUGUUCUGAUCCCUUGGAUCCGCACAGUUCGUCUCCAGCUCCGCCGCCGUUUCCGGACGGAUCUUCCUGUCCUGCGUCUGCACUCUGACAGAGGUGGUGAGUUCUCCUCCGAUCUCUUGAGGACCUUCUGUCAGGCGGAGGGCAUCGAGCAGACCUUCACGCUUCCGGACUCCCCACAGCAGAAUGGGGUUGCUGAGCGCCGCAUUGGUCUGGUCAUGGAGGUCGCUCGUACCUCCUUGGUCCACGCGGCGGCUCCCCAUUUUCUGUGGCCGUUUGCUGUCCGGUACGCCGCGCAUCAGCUCAACCUCUGGCCCCGUGUCUCCUUGCCGGAGACCUCGCCCACACUGCGUUGGACGGGGGAGGUUGGCGAUGCGUCGCGCUUCCGGGUGUGGGGUGCUCGUGCCCUUGUCCGCGAUACGUCCGCGGACAAGCUCUCCUCCCGCACGCUUCCCUGUGUCUUCCUUGGCUUUGUCCCUGACGCGCCUGGCUGGCAGUUUUACCACCCCACCUCGCGCCGGGUCUUCGCCUCUCAGGAUGUCACCUUUGACGAGUCGGUCCCUUUUUACCGUCUCUUCCCCUACCGCACUGCCCCCCUCCCUCCCCCGCCGCUUUUCCUUGCUCCUGGUCCCCCUCCGGUAGACCCCCUUCCCCCUCAGGGUCCUGCUCCUUCAGGUGUCUCUCAGGUAGACCCUCCUCCCGUCGCUGAGCCUGUCGAGGUCACAGGUGACUCAGGUGCUGCUGCAGGUGGUACUGCUGGGAGUGCUGAGCCUGGGGGUGCUGAGCCUGCGGGUGCUGGGCCUGGGAGUGCUGGGACUGCGGGUGCUGGAGCUGAGGGUACUGUGCCUGAGAGUUUGCCGCCUGGGGGUGCUGAGCCUGGGGGUGCUGCGACUGGGGGUGCUGAGCCUGCGUGUGCGGAGUCUGGGGGUACUGAGUCUGGGGGUGCUGAGCCUGCGGGUACUGAGGCUGCGGGUACUGCGCCUGGGGGUGCUGCUACUGAGCCUACGGAGCCUCGGGUUACUGUGUCUGGGGGUGCUCCGGUUCGGGGUGCUGAGCAGUCUCUCACACCGCAGCAGCUUCGUGACUGGUACGUCCGGCGCUUUCGCCGUCCUAGUGACUCGGCUGGAGUUGGGGGUGCUGGGGCUGCUCGUCCUGGGGGUGCUCGUACUGGGGGUACUAGAGCUGCCGGGACUGGUUGUUCUGGGAGCACUGCGACUGGAGCUGCUGGAGCUGGGGACCCUGGCGCUGGCGGUGCUAGCGGAGUUGGAGCUGCCGACUCUGGGGGUGGCGCUGCUGCUGGUGCUGCGGACCCGCCUGGUGGAGCUGCUGCUGGAGCUGAGGACCUGAGCGGUGGCGCUGCUGCUGGUGCUGGGGACCCGGCCGUUGGAGCUCCUGCUGGUCCUGAGGACCCGGCCGCUGGAGUCUCUUCUGCUUCUGGAGACGCUGCGCGGCCGCGACCGUACUUCGUACCGCUCCUUCAGCAGGUUCUUGGGCAGGCUCCUCCUCCUUGUCCUCCUCCCUCCGUAGAGUGUCCUCCGCCUGUCCAGCCGCAGUCACAGUUACCGCCUACCUUGCCUCUCCCUGCUCCCUCUCCUUACACUGGUCCCACAGGAGGUCUUACAGAGCGUCGUGAGCCUGAGUCUCGUCCUGCGUCGCCUGUUCGUCCUGCUCGCGCUGGUAGUCGUGUCCGUCAUGAGCGUCCUCCUCCUGUCCCAGGCACUCACUACAUGACUCUGCGUCCCUCUACUGCUCCUCGGCGUGUCCCUCUACCGUCUCCUCCUGCGUCCUCUUUGCCUGCCGUUCCGGACCCUGAGUCUGACCGGUAUCGUGCUGAGCACCCUACUGUCACGCGUCUCCUAGCUACUGUUGUCACUGACCCUACCUUUGAGUCCUCGGCUGCGUCUGCUCUAGUCGCUGAGUUGGUUGACUUUGCUGCUGCCUGUCGUCUAGACUACGCUGCUAGUCUUGUUGCUGAGUCUGCGUCUGCGUCUGUCUGUCCUCCGUCCGUCGGGGGUGAGUGUGCUCUUGGCACGGACGUCCUUGAGGACAGGCAGGAGGACUUUGACUCUCUUGCGGCUGCUGUACCUCAUCUCGUGGCCUGGUUGCUUGCCCCUGAGGGAGACCCGGAUGCACUAGACAUCCCCACUCCGCGCACUUACGCAGAGGCGAUCUCGGGUCCCUACUCCUCUCAGUGGGAGACAGCCAUGGACGCAGAGAUGGCAUCCUGGAAGUCCACAGGCACCUACGUCGACGAGGUUCCCCCUCCUGGGCCGAACAUCGUCGAUGGCAUGUGGAUUUUCAGGGUGAAGCGGCCGCCAGGUUCUCCGCCUGUCUUCAAGGCUCGUUACGUUGCUAGAGGCUUCAGUCAGCGUCAGGGGGUCGACUUCUUCCAGACCUUCUCCCCCACCCCGAAGAUGACCACUCUUUGGGUUCUGCUGCACGUUGCUGCUCAGCGUGACUACGAGCUUCACUCUCUUGACUUCAGCACAGCGUUCCUGCAGGGCAGCCUGCACGAGGAGAUCUGGCUGCGCCGCCCACCUGGCUUUACUGGGUCGUUUCCUCCUGGUACCCAGUGGAGCCUCCGCCGGCCAGUCUACGGUCUCCGCCAGGCGCCACGUGAGUGGCACGACACACUGAGGACUACACUUGCGGCUCUUGGGUUCGCGCCGUCUACUGCUGACCCGUCGCUGUUUCUGCGCACAGACACGUCGCUGCCGCCGUUCUACAUUCUUGUGUACGUCGACGACUUGGUCUUUGCUACUGCUGACACUGAGGCACUCGCUCGUGUGAAGUCGGAGCUGCAGAAGAGACACACCUGCACUGACCUGGGUGAACUGCGUAGCUACCUUGGCUUGCAGAUCACCCGGGACAGAGCUCGCCGCACCAUCACCCUGACUCAGUCACACAUGGUGCAGCAGGUCCUUCAGCGCUUCGGCUUCCAGUUCUCCUCACCACAGGCCACACCUCUGGCUACCAGCCACUCGCUCUCAGCUCCACCUUCGGACGAGUCCGUAGAGCCGAGUGGCCCGUACCCAGAGCUUGUAGGCUGCCUCAUGUACCUGAUGACGUGCACGCGACCUGACCUCGCGUACCCUCUUAGCAUCCUUGCUCGUUACGUUGCACCUGGGAGACACAGGCGAGAGCACUGGGAGGCUGCUAAGAGGGUGCUGCGUUACUUGUGCAGUACAUCAGGCAUGGGGCUGGUGCUUGGAGGACACGACAGAGUUGUCCUCACUGGUCACUCGGACGCUUCUUGGGUGGACGACCUGGCUACGCAGCGGUCGUCACAGGGUUACACCUUCAGCCUUGGCUCUGGUUCUGUCUCGUGGCGGUCCACCCGCUCUUCCUCUGUUCUCGGCUCUAGUUGUGAGGCUGAGAUCUACGCCACAGCCAUGGCUGCACAGGAGUUACGCUGGCUCACCUACCUGCUGACUGACUUGGGAGAGCGGCCUAGUUCUCCUCCAGUUCUGUACGGUGACAACAAGGCGGCUCUUGCCUUGUGUCAGGAGCACAGACUGGAGCACAGGACGAAGCACAUUGCUCUUCGCUACUUUCUUGCUCGAGAGCUUCAGCAGCGCGGUCAGCUUCGGCUUGUGUACGUGGACUCGAAGGCCAACACUGCUGAUAUCUUCACCAAGGCGCUCCCGCCUAGUGAUCAUCAGCGGCACUGUACUUCUUUAGGCCUUGUGUCCACGUUUCCUCACUUGCUCACUGCUUGA